AGACAUUUCAGAAUUACGGGAAUGUCGUGAAUGCACCAGUGAUCAUUUGGAAAAUUAGCACGAGCCUUGAAGAAUAAAAACACACAAAUUUAGCUUUAUUAUAAUUGCUUUAACUGAUUGAACAAUGCUAUGGUAUUUUCGGGAUGUACCCGAAUAUUACACGAGAUGCGAGGAUUAACAUAUUAAACGUUUUAACCCACUUUUAGAUAAAAGCGUGGGUCCUUUUUUUUUACUUAGCUUUUAGCUAGUUUAGGACAUCUUGCAUGCCGAGUGAAGCAACAACAAAAACAUAAAAAAAAGACCAAAUGUGGGAAAGUUCACACCUAAGUCUUUCCACGGAUGAACAGAAAGAGCUGGCUAAAAGAAUCACUGGUUUUCUAUCACAGUACAGAUACUUGUCGGAGUCGUACAUUAUCGAGUUCUUCACCGAGGAUUUAUGGCUCAAGUUGCCUGUCAGCUGGCAGUCUGUUCUGCAGUAUCUGUCCUACCCGCAGAUAGCAGACCUUCUGCUGGAUCCUGAUCAUGGGCAGAGGAGGUAUCCGUGUGUUUGGCCGCUUUCCCUCUUGGCUUUCCGGACCGCUGCUCACUCCCUCGCCUUUCCCAGAAGUUCCCGGCGAAGACGAGCCGGCCACGACUCUCCGGCCAAACCCGCGGAAUUCCGGACGAACCGGAACCAGAGCUCCCUGCUGACGCACGGCUUCCGCAAGCAUGUCAAGCCCAAGAAGCAGCACGAGAUCCGCCAGCUGGGCACGCUGGUGAAGCAACUUUGUAAGCGCACCGGAUGCUACCGAGUCAUAGAUGUUGGUUCUGGGCAGGGCCACCUGACUCGUUUCCUGUCGUUCGGGCUCGGCUUGUCGGUGACGGCCAUCGAGGCCGACCCCGCCCUGGUUGCCACGGCGACUAAGUUUGAUGGACAGCUACUGUGUGCCUUAGAGAAGGAGAGGAAGAAAAAACAGAAGAGUUCCUCUGAGCCGCCAUCAUCGGGGACAUGUCCUCGCCAUGUGACGGGUUGGGUGGACCCCAAGGCAUCAUGGGAGGUCUUCAUCCAGCAGCUGGGGGCGAACCAAGAUGAUGGCGAAGGGGCUUUUACACCUUGCAAAAAGAGACCUUGUUCUCCUGAGCACACCUCCAAGGAGGCGGGGCUCUUCGAGCAGGGCGUCCGGCAAGACUUGGUUCUGACUGGUCUGCACGCCUGCGGGGACCUCAGCCCCACCCUUCUCCGCCAUUUUGUCAAAUGUCCUCACAUACGCGCCAUCACCUCCGUGGCGUGCUGCUACAUGAAGCUCACCACCAAAGAGCAGCCCUCUCUUCCUGGCGUGCUCGAACCUCCCGAUCCGCCGCGAUCAGACCCUGAGUGCUCGGUCUGGGACUUUGGCUACCCGAUGAGCGCGUAUGUGCGGGGGCUGCCUGGACACCAGCUGUCCUACAAAGCCCGGGAGGCGGCGUGCCACGCGAUGGAGGACUACCUGGCGAGGCUGCGUGAGGAGAGCGCGCUGCUGAGGACGCACUGCUACCGCGCCGCGCUCGAGGUCUUCAUCACCGACGGCAGGCCGGAUCUGCGGAGGGCAGGAAUACAGACCGUGAAGAAAGCCCACUUGUUGACCUUUGCCGAGUACGCCCGCUUGGGUCUGGCUCGGGUGGGCCUGCCCCCAUCCCUGCCUCUGGACCCGGGCCGCCUGGAGGCCAUGCUGGCCCAGCGGGGCAAGGUGGUGGUCUUCUUCAGCCUGGCGCUGCUGUUGGCCCCCGUGGUCGAGACGCUGGUGCUGCUGGACCGCAUCAUCUACCUGCGAGAGAACGGGGUGCACAGUCAUCUGAUUCCUCUUUUCGACCCAAACUUUUCUCCAAGGAAUUUUGUGCUGGUGGCGCAGAAGACUCUAGGAUAAAAGUCAUCAAAUGAUUGUACAGUACGUAGACUUUAAACUAAGGGAAUUUCCGCUUCACAUUUUUAGAAGUUUUAGGGCACAGGUGUCAAACUCAAGGCGCCGGGGCUGGAUCCGGCCCGCUGCAUGAUUUUAUGUGGCCCGCAAAGGCAAAUCAUAUCAACUUUCCUGAUUUUUGUUCAAAUCCGUCCCAAAAUUUCAAAUUGUCAUAUCAUAAAUGAUAACAUUGAGAUAUUACUAGCAUCUGUGUGUUACCAAACAAAAACAGUUGAAAAACCCAUUACUCUCAAUUUGUGAUUCCAAAACGAGUUCAUAAAUUUCAUAUGUAAAUUUGAUGAGCUGGUUAAAGAUUUUUAUGAUUUCACACUCAUAACGGCCCUCCGAGGGGAACCGUAAGUAAAAUGUGGCCCGCAACAAAAAUGAGUUUGAAU